UACUUUAUGCAUUCUUUAAAUAACGGUCCGCUGGUGCAAUUCUAAACCAGAAAGAAACAAGACAAUAAAGGGACAACUAAAUCAUUCCAAAACUAUACAGCGCUGUUACAAUAUUAAUUUAGAUUUAAAUCUAGAAUUACAUCCUUAUGGGUAUUAUUUCACAUUUGUUAGGUUUAGCAUCUCACAGACACACUUCAUGUCUAAUGACGACUUUCGAGGUUUUGAUGGCUGAAGAAGUCACCUGUUGCCCAUCCUGUCAGUAUUGCAGGCAUGAGAAGAGAACUAUUUCAGAGAAUAGUCAUUGAUCUUAAGUCAGCUGGAUGGCUCCUUCACAUGACAGAAUUCUACACGUCAAGAGAGGUGUUAAACUCACCUCAGUGAGGGGGUAUUGUGUUUGUGUAUGACGUAACAAGCGAAUACAACUUUGUUGCAACAAAGGAACGGAUUAAAAAUCUUAAAGCGAAACUGGGCUUGGAUAAUUGUGAAAUGAUGAUUGUUGGCAAUAAGUGUGAUAUGGAAGAAUUCAGGGAAGUGAGCAGACUCAAAGGUUCUGAGCUUGCAAAUGAAUUUGGAGCGAAAUUCUUUGAAGUCAGUGCCAAAACUAACGCUAAUGUUCAGGAGGCAUUUUUCACGUUACUCAGAAAUACAAUAGCAAGGAUGGAUGGUUUUACAGAUGUAUUUUCAGGAAAAAAGCCAUUGGUUACAGUUCCUGAAGAAAUCAUGCAAGACCCUUAUGCAUUACUGCUGUAUGAGAAAGCUUUGCAGGCCGGUAGAGAAAAGGAUAAAUCAAUUCGGGUAAACAUAGUCGGUAACUUCAGACAAGGUAAAACAACAUUAAUGAGAAGGUUGUUGGGGCAAGAAGUACGAGAUAUUACAAGCACAAAUGGAAUAGUUUUGGAACAUUAUAGAUGUGAGAAAACCAAAGAUGGAAAAUUUCGAUACACCAAAGCAGACGACAUUGAUAAUUCGGAAUAUGUCAAACGCCUGGUUUCUGUUGCUCUAAAAGAAGAGACUGAAAGUAAAGCACAGCAGACACAGUCUGUGACAAAACCAAACGCUUCACAGGGACAAAAACCAAAGGUUCGUGAAGAUUCACCUAGUCAUAAUGAAGUUCGAGAUACACGAAAAAGCUUGAAUUCAGAAACAAAAAGUGUUUCAUCAACAGAAAACGAAAACAAUGAUCACAUUUCGAAUAAAAUGCCUGUUUUAUCUCCCGAGGAUAAGGAGGUGUUUGUUAAAGCUCUGAGGACAAAUCAGUUAUCUCCAGAACCGGAAAGACAGACAAUGUUUGAUAUUUGGGAUUUUGGCGGGCAGUACAUUUUCUAUGCAACUCAUACAAUCUUUCAUAGCAGAAGGGCAAUUUAUCUGUUGGUGUUUGACUUGACUUUAGAUCUGAAUCAAUGUAUCACUGAUGAACAGUUUCCAGCAGAGGUGGAUACUAGGAACAUGAAAUAUUUUAUCCAGUUUUGGAUGAGUUCUAUCCAUUCGUUCGUCGGAUCAGCAGACGGCACUGUGCCAAAGGUUAUCCUAGUGGGAACCCACAAAGAUAAGUUGAAGGGAAAGAGAUACGAAAGAGAAAAGUAUAUCCAAAAGUACUUUGCGGAUAUUAGAAAUAUAUUCAAUGGAACAAAAAUGUCUCACCAUAUUCAUUUUGACGACUUUGCUGUUGAUAACACUGUCGCAAAAGAUCCAUCACUGAAUUUAUUACGUGAAACGAUUAUAAAAAUUGGAGAUGAACAAUCAGAAAAAUUUGCAAUACCGCUUAAAUGGAUUCAGUUAGAAAAGUCACUGUUGGAAAGAAAACACCUCAAGCUUAUUUCUCUUCAGUUUGUCUUGGCGAUUGAUUCAGAGAAUGAAUUUCCAUUGGAUGAUAUAGAACAGGUGAAACUGUUCUUACGCUACCAUCAUGCUAAAGGCACACUUGUUUAUUUUGAUGAAGCACCGAUAUCGGAAUAUGUUGUGCUUGAUUCUCAGUAUCUUAUAGAUGCAUUCAAGUGUAUUAUCACAAGCGAAAGAUUCUGCACAAAUGAUCCUGACAUUCGCCCUUUCUGGACUAUGUUACUGACAGAAGGGAGACUGGAGAAACAUUUAAUUGACCGCCAAUGGGGAAAACCAGAAGACAAGUUCAAAAUGUAUAAAGAAAAUAAAGAAAUCUUGCUUUUAUUUCUGGCUAAACAUCAUAUUAUAUCAGAAGCUGCGGUAUUUGAUGAAAACACACAACAGUCGACAGGACUUGGGUGGUUUGUAGUUCCAAGUCUGUUAAGUGACCACUCAUCGAAAACCGAGUUAAAGGAAUUUCUAACUGGAAAGAAAUGGACAAAACUCCGUUAUGUGUUUUUGUUCCAAACCUCUUCAAUAGUGGCAACAAUCUACCAUCGUUUAGUAUCAGCGACAAUAGGAAAAUGGCCGAUAGCGAAAGCUGGAAAGAAAACUUUAAUUUUCAAAGACAUGACUACAGUUCGGCUGAACAUUGGCCACGUUGGAAUAGUAGAGAUGAAACACGACAGCAUCGAGAUGACAGUUGUGAGUCUUUGCCCUUCGACAGAAAUUCAAGGUGGACAAGGAGACAGUUUCCGUCGAUUUUCGGAAGUUGUUAUUUCAAAUGAAUUUCAGAGGCUGCGGACUACUGAAGAAACUCACACAAAACCUUACAAUAUUAGGUUCCGAUGCAAUCAUGAACAACAUGGUGUAGAUGGAAGUGAAAACUUAAUUGCAGUGGAAGAUAUGGAAGUCGAAACAGUAGUCCCAUGUCCCGACUUGAUGACCCACGAUAUCGUUGUAGAGAACGCAAAGAGAGAGUGGUUUCAAGACAACAAAAAGAUAACUGCACUUCCAGACAAUCAGCUGACAGACAAAUUACUCAGCAGCUUAUCGCAGUGUAUUGGAGAAAACUGGCAAUUGCUUGGUCUUGAACUUGGGUUGACGCAAGUUCAGAUAGAUCAUAUUUUAGAAGACCAUCCACGUAGUGCAGUCAUGAGAAUAUAUAUCAUGCUUCAAAAUUGGUUCCUUGAAGAUACAGAUAAAGCUACGCUGCAGGUACUAAUUGAAACAAUAGAACGAUGUCCGCACGUGAACAUUGAUUGGGACAAACUGAGGAACAUUAUAGAUGAAUUGAAUUGACAUAUAUCAACAUGAAUUUUCGUAUGGAAAAAAUAAAAAAAAAUGGCCAUAAAGAAGCCCUAGCAGAGUGAUUAGGACAAGCUGGACAUUUCCUAAUGUAAAAUAAAAACUUAAUGAUGACUUUAAUUCUAAGACUGCAAAAUAUGUGAACUAUAGUACAUUAUUUGAGAAUCAGCUCUGUGAAGAUAUUAACGUGUUUACCUGCUUUUAUCAUUUAUGUUUUUGAAUACAGAAGUAAUGCCCUUUCAAACUAAAGCUUUGUUCGAUGAAUAGCAUCUAUUAGAAGGUAAAGAUAAAGGUUAUCUGUACAUAUGUUUCUACCAAAUUCUAAGUAAAUGUAUUGAAGUGACUGCAUUAUUAUUAACCACUUAACAAAUAGACAAGAAAAAACAUUUGUGAAAGAUUAACUGCUACUAGAUAUCUAACUCUUACCCACCUUUUUAGAAAUAGUGCGUAAAAAUUAAGGUGAAUCCAGACCAAUGAAAUGUAAAUUUGUAUUGAUAGUCAAUACGUUUUGAGAGCGUUUCCGUACCCCCGCCAUUCGCCCCCACCACUUUUUAGAGGUGUUGGGGAGGCACUUAGGGUUGAUGACUAUUUAUUUAAUUUUAGGUGAAAAUAGAAAUAAUAAUUUUCACAUUGGAAUUUCCAAUGGGAAAAUUGAGCCAUAUGUGUCCCAUGGGAAAGCCCUGUUUCCUUGGAACGACCGUUUCCGGAGGGAAAUUAGUCAUUUCACUUUGUAAAGCUUAUGUUUGAAAGAUAAUAUCUCCAAAAUUAAUAGCGAUAGGACACUGAAUAUACUUGAUUGAUAUAUAUACGGUAGCAACGAUCUUUUAUUUGAAAACUUUAUGUAAGUUUGAACUCUUUCUAGAUGUACUAGGCAUUUUUGCCAAAUAUUGUUAAUGGCAAAUUAAAAUUGGCGGUGAUUUCAUUUAGUUGCUUUCAACACGUCAAGAUGUCUAUCUCCAGUACAAGUUUAUCAGGGAAUUAGGGACUGCUUUUCUAUCGGAUACAGUUCCUUUUAUUUGGUAAGAGGGUCAGAUAAUUAUACCUUAUUACCAAUAUUACGCUUCAUUGAGGUUAUUUCUUAAUGGCGGGUCUUCUUGUUACAAAUAGGUAUACUAUUAAACUCAGAUAAGCGAAUUCGUCGGACAUUGGAAAUUUGUUCCUAAUAACCGAGGUUGUAACCUUAUUACAAACAGUUUCUUAUAUGUUUAUGUUAAAGACGCUCGCUACAGUUUCUUUUUUUUUCUCAAUAAUAGAUUUUGAUGAAAUGUUCUGUAUUAAAAGAUCAUGUUAUGAUGUAUUGAAAAAUGAAAUAAAAAUACUAGGUCACCAG